GGUGUAGAUUUCUUCGAUUGUACUGAACAGCAUUAUAAUGGGAUAUUCUCCUGUAUCCGAGCCCAGUUUACCAUGGAACGCACCCUGGGGUAUUACAUGCUGCAAGCAUUCAUCCCGAGUAUUUCCCUGGUAAUGGUAUCAUGGGUAACCUUCUGGAUCGAUGUACGAGCCUCUCCAGCUCGGGUAGGUCUCGGUGUCACCAUCAUUCUCUCCGUCAUCUCCAAGACCAAUGGUGUCAGGCUCGAUAUACCGCCCGUAUCAUAUCUCAAGGCGAUUGAUGUAUGGUAUACAACAUGUCUUCUUUUCGUCAUCGGUUCCCUCCUCGAAUACGCCUUGGUUCAUCAUCUUUCUCUUUCUCCAAAGAAGACCAAGCAGAGAAUCUUAGCUGUCAGACCAAAACAGGAUCCUCCAAAUCAAGAGAAUAUAUCGGUGGUUAACAAUGGAUCACUCUAUAACAUUUCGUCGUCUCAUCCAACACCUUCACAAAAUCAGCUCAUACGGCGAGAUGCAACAACCGGUGAAUUACGGACACUAGCAACAGCGCCAUCUCUCGACAACAAACCACAACCGGCGUUGCAGACGACAUCGAGACCGACGAGUCGUUUAGAUGGGUCGCUGCAAGGGAAGGAUACCUCUGACAAGCGGGGUCAAGAGGCAUCGGCAUUGGACCACUGUCGCGCCCUCCCUGGAGAAGCGCACCUGAUCGAUUUGAUUUGUAGAUGGCUUUUCCCAAUUGGAUUUGCAAUUUUCAAUAUUUGCUUUUGGGCAUAUUAUAUGCCACCGCAUUACACCCCCGCUUAUCUUGCGAACGACGAGAAAUUUGUAUCGCAUUCUGUUGGCGAUUUAUAGUUGUAGUUAUCAGUUAUAUGCCGGUAACUCAGCUUUAUGUGUCAGAUCAACAAUUUUUCAAUAAAGCAAUUUGAUAUUAAGUACAUGCCUUAUUUUAUAUUCGAGACUUUGAGAUGAUUGAUAUACCAGUUUUGAUACAAGAGAUUCAUAACCAGUCAGUUGCUGUAAUACACUGUUUCAGCGGUAUGCGUUUUCCCCAUUCAUUUUUAAGAGGGUAAAACAAUCAGAAGCAAUUGAAUUUCUCAAUAUGUGUACAUGUUUUACAUGAAACCGUUAAACAAGUGAAUAUGAAAAAGGAUAUCGUGUUCAAGUAGCGUCAAUGAAUAAAACAUAUGUAUUAUAAACAAAAUGUAUAUGUAUUAUAAAACAAA